AUUUUUGUCAUCAUAAUCAGAUUUGUUUAUUUGAAAAUAAGGGUUUCUGAAAAGAAAUGAAAUAAUUUGUUUGUGUCGCAAAUCAUUCCUUUUCGUGUCAGUUUCCUGCAAAAUGGCUGCGCCCAUGGAGCGAAUGAUAUUGCAAAGUGACUGGCAGUAUUCUUUGAGAGAAGAGAAAGGUCGAGCAUGGAUAACCUACAAGGGUACAAACUGCCCCAGUGUGCAUGGCCAUCUGGACACCCAGGGUAUGUCCCGGGAAGGGGUUCCGGAGGUCACUGGUACCGACGGCUUCUCUGUACAGAACAUCACCAAGUACACACUGACGGCCAGAUACAGCGGGGAGCUCGGCAGUCUCACCAGGAAGUUUGUGGCUCCACAGAUCUCAUUCUCAGCCAUACAUAAACAGAACAAAAGUGUCCCGUGUAUUGACGUGACGGCCGGUGGUCUGGGUGUGUCAUGUGACAGUGAGAACAAGCUGCUGGUGUGGCAGACUAGUGAUGGAGAAGUGAGGCGGAGACUCGAGGGUCACAUGGGGGAUGUGUACACGUGUCGGUUCUUCCCCUCGGGUGUGGUCCUCCUGAGCGGUGGCGCGGACAUGCAGAUGAAGAUAUGGUCGGUGGAGACGGGGAAGUGUGCGGCAACGCUCCGGGGACAUACAGCAGGUAUCCUGGAGACAGCGGUGGUCGACCGAGGUCGGAACAUUGUGUCUUGUGGCAGGGAUGGCACCGCCAAACUAUGGGAUGUAGGUCAGAGUUCCGUGUUGACAACUUUCAAGGACUGUGGCGGCAUCGUCAACAGCUGUGCCGUCGAGGUGACAGAAAACUCCAUUGACCUUGGUGCACCUGACAACCCUCCCAGUGAGAGAGAGGUGUCGACAGACGGCAGGAUGCUACUGCUGGGCUGUGAGAAUGCGACACUGCAGGGCUACGGGCUACGAAGUCGUCAGAAGAUAUUUGAACUUGACUGUCACUCUGCGGUCAACGUUGUCGCCUUCCUGUCGGAUGUCCAGGCGGUAUGUGGGACACAGGAUGGCCACUUGACCGUUGUGGAUAUCAGAAACGUCAGGGUGCCAGUGAAGGAAUGGCAGGAGUCUCGGUCGGCCAUCUUGUCUCUGCUGCCACACAAACAAGGAUUCUUUGCAUCAACAGGAGAUGGUUCCUGCUUCUUUGUGGACGAGCGUCAGGAGACGCGGGUUGAGUUGACCGGUGCGGACUGCGACCCUGUGUACGGGACGGCGUGUGACGGAUCCCACGUGUACACCUCCUGCCGAGAUGCUGCCAUCCGGCGCUACAGUCUGCUCCAUGUCUGACCGGAAUCAUCUUCACCGAUUCUUAUCCCUGACCAGAGAGAAUUAUCGGGAUAGUAACUUUGGAGAGAGGGGUGUGCAAUGAUGUUCUGGAUGAGUUCUGUCUGUUGCUGCUGAUGUUGACAAGAAGAACAUGUAAGACAACGCAGUGGGGACGUCUCUUCUACUACCCAAGGUUCAAUUCAUGAAGACUUUGUCGAAAAGAAAUAAAUGUCACAUGCCAGACAGCAUUGAUACAAGAAACAGAGAUUUCAGUACUGACACCAAUUUUGAGUGUAUUUAACAGAAUUUACAUUGCCGUUAUAUUGGACAAAUUGAUGAUUGCUGAGGUUCAAAAAACAUUCUGUUCAGUAUGGAUGCUGCAAUUUUUAUUGACUGGUUCUCGCCACAAAUAGCAGUAAUAUUGCUGAUGCGGCGAAAAGCAAUAUUCAUUCAUUUCAGCAUGGAGCCUUCAGAUGUCAUGUGAUCAGUACCAGAUAGCGACCCUGUGUAAUUAAUGUAACUAAGUGAAAAAGGUUUUGGAGGUACUGGGUUUUUGGACAGCUUUGCUGACAUAAGCCUUGUUUAGGCCUGAGUAGAAACAGCACGUCUUCCAUCCGAAGACAGGACAUUAAGACCUGUGACAGCACAAAUCUGUCAACAACAUCAUUGUUGUACCACUGUAUAUACGUGCAUGUCCGGAGGCAUGUCUUUGUCUCCUUCUCGUUGUUAUUGUCUCUUGCUGUAAGUUACAGCAUUUGUAAGUUGAACACUGUUUUACUGAAUAAAGAUUGCUAUAUGGAA